AUGUCUGCGACCGGACCUCCCGCCUCGACCGAGCCGCUCGAGGACCGCCCUCACCCGCAACAGUGUCUGGCAUGCCGGGUCAUCGGGACCGCGGCGCUCGGCGGCGUCGGGCUCUACGCGCUCCAGAUGUCGCGCGCCAGCGCGCCGGGGUCGCCGCUGGGUAAGAGGAUCGUGGGCGGCGUGGGCUUCGGCUUCUUGAUCGCCAGUUACCUGCGAUGGGCUCAGGGCUGA